UUGCAGAUCUGAAAGAGACCUUACACACCCCAAAGACCAUCCCUCUCGCUCCUCCCCGCCCCGCCAGCGGCCGAUGAAAGAAACCACUUCUACGACAGCUCUUGGCUCUCACUAAGGGAGAGUUAUUUCCUGCUCGGGGCAUGCUGGCCUCAGCCUCUGGAAAUGGGAAAUUCUACCCUGAAACCAGCAGGAACUGAUUUCACUGGCUGAAGUCCGUCCCGUCUCUGUGUCUUUCAGCGGGAAUUUUUCCUCUGAGAAACCGACAGCUUGAAGCUACAGCUGCAAAGUAAGAAGUUUUAUGCUUAGACUUCAAAACUGAGAAGACUGGAUUCAGAUGUGUUGUAUGAGAAUCCAGACAUUAAUAAAGAGCGUGUGACCAUGGUUUUGGAAAAAUAAGACAUUCCCUAGCUGCAUAUGUGGAGUUAUGUUUCUUAAGGACACCAAGAAUGAAGUCAUUUUGAUCUCUGAUGGAUGAAACUCAUUGGAAUGGAAACUAAGAUCUAUGAAGAAGAACAGAACUCACCUUAUCUUACAUCUACUAAGCACCUGGGAACUCCAAAGGAAGUAAAGUAUGAAGAGUACCAAAGAAAGAUAGAAAAACAGGCAAGUCCAUCUGAAUUUCAGAAUGUUUUACUGGAAUCUGAGUUGAGUUUGCUGUCUGUGUCAUCCUUAUUAGACCACAAUGAGGCAUCCUUGCAACUUAGCACAGUUGCAGGGUGUGUCAGUGUCAGGAAUCAGUCUGAGAUAAAGCAGCACUUUUGUGAAGAGUUACUCUAUUCUUCACAACAGAAGACAAAGGAAGAUCCUUUGAACUUUCCCUUGCACACAGAAUGGCCACUCCUUACACAAAGAAAUUCAGAGCAAAAACCAGAAAGGAGUCACGAGAUCAGAGUGAUAAAACACAAACCAAGUGCUAUCACAUUUUCUGAUUCCAAAUUUUUAUCACGUGAAGUUAAUACUAAACUCCGUAUUUGUGAAGCGGGAGAAGCAGAAGAUUUUUCAUCUGAAGAGGAAGAAGCAGAUGGUAGAGAUGAUGAUGUGUUUACAGAACUGCCACUGUAUGAGACAUUUUUCAAUGGUCUUCACAGAAGGAAUGCUUCUGAAAGAAAGCAAAGUAAACAUGAACUUACCAAACAUCAACAGAUGUGUCAUUUAGAAGACUGUGAUGAUCACUCUGGAAACGAAUUAAAGGACCAUGACAAGGAAGAAAAACACAUGGAGCUGGAGACCCAACCAGAAAAAGGAUCUGAAUGGUCAGACUCUAUGUCAUGUCUUAUGAAGAAACUGGAACAACUGAAUUUAGAUAUUGAAGAAGCUCUGAGUGCUGGCUCUUCUCCCUCUAGUACUCCUUCCACCAAAAGGCACAAGCAACUGUGCCCUAUUCAAUUGGAGACCAGCUUUUAUGCCGAUCAUCAAGGAAAGGGAUCUUCGAAAAGUAGAAGAGCAGAAUACCAGGAUAUAGACUGUUUAUCUUACCCAGUGUCAACUGGAGCACGACCUAAAACUGAUGUGCUGUUUCAGAAGCUGUGUAAGGAAAAAGCAGCUAUUGGACUCUCUGCUGCCAGUUGUGUUGGGAACCAUCCACUCCACGAGUGGCCAAGACGGGAAAGGGGCCUCUGUUGUGACAGUAUUUCCCAGAUCACAGAGGAAGCAGAAACCCAAAAUUGGUUUCCUACGUGGGAAAUUGAAGCAAAGGAAGCGUGUGACUGGUUACGUGCAGCUGGAUUUCCCCAAUACGCUCAGUUCUAUGAGAACUCCCAGUUUCCCAUUGACAUUGCUGCAGUAAAGAAAGAUCAUGAUUUUCUUGACAAGGACCUUGUAGAACCUCUUUGCAGACGACUGAACACAUUGAACAAGUGCGCCUCAAUGAAACUCGAUGUGAACUUCCAAAGAAAAAAGAGUGAAGACUCAGAUGAAGAAGACCUCUGUGCUAUCAGUAAUAAAUGGACUUUCCAAAGAACCAGCAGACGAUGGUCUCGAGUGGACGACAUUGAUGCUUUGCUUCACCGAUCAGACCGACAUGGAUCUUCUGGGGACAUUAAAAUGAAAAAUACAACAAGCAGCGAGAGCGUCCUCACAGAUCUGAGUGAACCUGAGGUCUCCUCUAUUCACAGUGAGAGCAGUGGGGGAAGCGACAACAGGAGCCAGUCCGGCACCAAUAGCACUGCCAGGGAGACUUGCGACUGCCCUGGGCAACAUGAUGUAGAGAGCACGCUGCUGCAAGAGUCCACUGCCAUCAACACCACCCUGGCUCCCAGGGACAACCUGAAGAAUGAGAAACCAACACGAACCAAAGCAAAAACCUUUCUGAAACGCAUGGAGACACUAAAAGCAAAAAGCGUGCACGGAAAACUAAAAGGCUCGGGAAGAACAGGUCCCUUAGAGAUAAGUGGACCCGUUCUCCAGUAUGAGCCACAAUCCCUGAAAGACAUGCACUGUGUACAGAUAGUCAAUGGAGAUCUCCAGAACCCGGGACAAGAUUCAGUCAAAAGAGGACUUUCCUUUUCUGCCAAAUCCAGCAGUGACAGCAGUCAGUCUGAAAACAGCAGCAGUGGGGUGAGCACACCAUGUUUGAAGGAACGCAAAAGCCAUGAAGCAAACAAGAGAGGUGGGAUGUACCUGGAGGACCUGGACAUUCUAGCAGGAACGGCCUUGCGGCAAGUGGUGGACCAAAACCUCAAAAAUGAGUUUCAUUCCCAGGAGAACUUGGUUGUGCACAUUCCCAAGGAUCACAAACCAGGGACCUUCCCAAAGGCACUUUCCAUUGAAAGCCUGUCACCUACAGACAACAGUAACAGUGUAAACUGGAGGACAGGCAGCAUCUCUUUGGGAAAGCAGAACUGCUCUACUCCAAAGGAGUCUGGAUUGAUGGCUUGUUGUCCUAAAGAGAGCAGAAUUAGUAUUUAUGACAAUGUGCCAGGUUCCCACUUGUAUGCUAGUACUGGGGACCUCCUGGACUUAGAGAAAGAUGUUCUUUUUCCCCAUUUAGAUGACAUUUUGCAACAUGUCAAUGGACUCCAGGAGGUGGUAGAUGGCUGGUCAAAGAAUGUGUUGCCAGGUCAGCCAGUCAGUGAUGUGUCAGCCAGGGAACCUCCAUCAUUGCCUUUCCAGUCGCCUGCACAGAUUACUCUUGAUUUUGAAGGAAACUCUGUCUCUGAUGGACGGACCACACCAAGUGACAUGGACAGAGAUGGAGCAUCCCUGAAUGAAUCCGAAGCCACUGGUGUUAGGGACAGGAGAGACUCUGGGGUGGGAGCAUCGCUCACAAGGCCAAAUAGGCGGUUGCGAUGGCAUAGUUUCCAAAUCUCUCAUCGCCUGAGCCACUCCAUUGCAUCACUUCACAUCAGCAAUCAGUCAGCAGCUCAACUGAACCUUCUGCAAAAAUUCUCUCUGCUUCGUCUUACUGCCAUCAUGGAGAAGUACUCCAUGUCAAACAAACAUGGCUGGACCUGGUCUGUGCCAAAGUUUAUGAAGAGGAUGAAAGUCCCUGACUACAAGGACAAGAACGUCUUUGGUGUGCCUCUGAUAGUUCAUGUCCAGAGAACAGGACAGCCUCUUCCCCAGAGCAUACAGCAAGCACUUCGCUACUUACGGAGCAGCUGUCUGGAUCAGGUGGGUCUGUUUCGAAAAUCUGGAGUGAAAUCCCGAAUCCAGGCCCUACGUCAGAUGAACGAGAGUUCCCCAGAAAAUGUCUGCUAUGAAGACCAGUCAGCAUAUGAUGUGGCAGACAUGGUAAAGCAAUUUUUCAGGGAUUUGCCAGAACCUCUCCUCACAAGUAAGCUGGGAGAGACCUUUCUACACAUCUACCAAUAUGUCCCGAAGGAGCAGCGGCUGCAGGCAGUGCAGGCAGCCAUCAUGCUGAUGUCUGAUGAGAACAGGGAGGUUUUGCAGACUCUGCUGUGCUUCCUGAGUGAUGUCACCUCUGUGGAGGAGAAUCAGAUGACUCCUAUGAACAUAGCUGUUUGUCUGGCCCCUUCCCUCUUCCACCUCAAUAUAGUGAAGAAAGAAAGCUCACCGAGAGUAAUACAGAAAAAAUAUGCAACAGGCAAGCCAGAUCAGAAGGACCUCAGUGAAAACCUGGCAGCUACUCAGGGACUUGCUCACAUGAUAAUGGAAUGCAACAAACUUUUUGAGGUCCCACACGACAUGGUCACCCAGUCCCGAAACUCCUAUGUUGAUGCAGAAGUCCAUUCUCCCACCCUGGAUGAGCUUGGGAAACAAGUGGAUGAGGAAGGAGGGAACUAUCAGAUGUACCUGGAAAGUCUCAUGCAGAAUCUCCAGAAAGAAGCAAAAGAGAAGUUCAAAGGAUGGGUCACAUGUUCCAGUACAGAGAACACAGAACUUGCCUACAAAAAGGUGGGGGAUGGGAACCCGCUAAGGCUUUGGAAAGCCUCAGUGGAAGUCGAAGCCCCUCCAUCAGUUGUCCUGAACCGAGUGCUGAGAGAACGUCACCUCUGGGAUGAGGACUUUUUGCAGUGGAAGGUGGUGGAGAGCUUGGACAAGCAGACAGAAGUUUACCAGUAUGUUUUGAACAGCAUGGCUCCUCAUCCCGUCCGAGACUUUGUUGUUCUAAGGACAUGGAGGACGGAUUUGCCAAAGGGAAUGUGCAUGCUGGUUGCCAUCUCUGUGGAGCAUGAAGAGGCUGCUCUCAUGGGUGCUGUGCGAGCCAUCGUGAUGGAGUCUCAGUACUUGAUAGAGCCAUGUGGCUCAGGGAAAGCCAGGCUGACUCACAUCUGCAGAAUUGACCUAAAAGGACGUUCACCAGAGUGGUACAACAAAGGCUUUGGACAUCUGUGUGCAGCAGAAGUUGCCAGGAUCAGAAACUCAUUUCAGCCUCUGAUUGCUGAGGGACCGGAAACAAAAAUCUGAGGAAGUGUUCCUGGGAGCAUGUUGAGCGUAAAUCAAGGUCUGGUGGGGAACGGGAAUACUGAGAGCAAAAAAUACUGAGAGCUGCUGAACAAGCUGAGACAGGAAUUUUAUAGGAAAGUUCUUUUAUUCUGGAGACUUCACCUCUCCCCUGCCACAUCCCUUCUGUAUUCAUUUCAGUUAUUGAAGUAAACAUUUCUUCUGAGAGCUUUUAUCAUUAUUACUUCAAAAUCAGACUGUUGCCAUUAUUCUUGUGUCACAUAACUCUUGUAUUUAAAGGCUUCUAAGAAGCAUAUUUUAAUUGUAAAUAAAUUAUGUACAGUAUGUAUAUAUUUAUAUUAUAUCUAUAUAUAUGUAUAUGUAUAAAUUAAUUAUUUUGUAUAUAACUCAGUGCAAACCGCUUGCAUCAGUUGGACCUUCAGUGAAUCUGUCACUUGUUUCUUGUGUCACUGCUACAUAAGCUGUGUGUGCUGUUGUCACAGGGCUCCCAGGCGUAGUCUGCCUGGGACGGCAGGAGCGCCCACUCUCAAUUGCCUUUCAUAUCUGUGUGUGCUGUGAGAAGGUACCUAGAGUUAGAUGUAGGGAGAAUUAAAAGAAGUAAGGAGGAGGGAGGCUACUGUACGUUUAAAAAUAACGAGGAGUGGAUCAAUUUCACCAAUUAAAAUGUGUGGAAAUGUAACUGAGAGAGACACUUGGAAGGCUGUUUGUGUUCAGCUGCAGAAAGUUUGUGUAAAAGGUGUUGAAAACUUACCUAUUGCCUUAAUCAAUGGUGUAUCUGCCGCUGGAGAACCUCACUACCUGCAGUGUUCACAGUAACUGCUCGUUCUUGGAGAGUACAAGAUGACGCUGUGGGUACUGAGGUGUCUGCAAUCAGACCAGUAAGUUAUUAAGCUGUAAAUCUUAUCUUUCUUUGAAGUGUUUGUCUGGGUUCUCAGUAAGUGUUUGUGUGGUGUUCUUCUCCUGCAGAGACAGCUAAUUGUUAAGAAACUCCAAAGCAGAUUUUUCCACACCCAGUGGACACAAAGAUGUGCAUACGAAUACCAUGCCUUUUCAUAUUCUUACUAUACAAACGACUACAUUUUUAAGCUUUUAAUAAACACAUCAUGGAUAUUUAAAAGACUAAA